AAGGUGCCGACGUACGAGUACUACGGCUUCGUGCUGUACCUGUUCUCGACGCUCGUCUUCCUCACGUACCUGCUGUGGGCGUACCUGCCGUCGCCCUUCCUGCACGCCCUCGGCAUCUUCUACUACCCGAACCGCUGGUGGGCGCUGGCGGUCCCGGCCUUCCUCACCAUGCUCAUCGUCUACAUCUACGUCGCCCUGGCCUGCUACAACACCGAGUACCUGACCCUGCCCCUGGGCUCGCUGGAGACCGUCGUGGACGACGCCGCCAAGGUCGCCGUCGUGGAC